AUGCCGCCGAAGCGCAAGGCCGCCGAUGUCGGUCGGUCUAGUAGCGCCUCGAAGCGAGCAACUCCUUCCCUCGACUACGCCGAAGUCUCCAGCAGCGAUGAGUAUUCGGACCCGGAUGAUGGGCCGGUGGACAACAACCUGAAAGAUGUCGUCAACAAGUUCUCGCUGGAAGCAUACAGCAAGCGCACACAGUCCCAGAAGACCGAUCCCAGAUUCGGCUACAAAGACCUCUCAUACCUCACCCUCAAGCGUGACCACUACAACCGACCGCUAUGGAUCGAGCCGGUAAAAGGCACGAUCACCCUCGAGAGUUUCUCCCCGCUGGCACCCCAGGCACAGGACUUCCUGACCACCAUCGCCGAACCCCUCUCGCGACCCACCCACCUCCACGAGUACCGCCUGACCGGCCACAGUCUUUAUGCAGCAGUGUCGGUUGGUCUGAAGCCAGAAGAUAUUGUCGAGUUCCUGGAUCGUCUUUCGAAGACUCCGCUUCCCGAGAGUAUCUCCCAGUUCAUCAUCGAGUUCACCAAAUCCUACGGCAAGAUCAAGAUGGUUCUGUACCACAACCGAUACUACGUGGAAACGGUCGAGCCGGAAAUGCUACAGAUGCUUCUGAAGGAUGAGGUGAUCGGACCACAGAGAAUUUCCAACGGGGAGGGGAUCAUUCAACGAGCGGCACCGAAGAUGGGAGCACUCGUGAUUCCCGGAACGAAGGAUGCGGCCGGUGUACGAGAGACUGGUGGUCAGACGAAGGCGUCUGCUAGGUCUCAGACCGAGAACCAGGGAGAGAGACAGGACUAUGGCAUCAACGAUGUCGGCGAUGAAGCCUCGGAGGCCCUGACAUACAGCUUCGAGAUCCCCGCUACGGGCGUCGAAAUCGUGAAAGCCCGUUGUCAAGCCAUCGGCUGCCCGGCUCUAGAGGAGUACGAUUUCCAGGGCGACACCAUCAAUCCCAACCUUGACAUGGACUUGAAACCCACGGCGCGGAUUCGUCCAUAUCAGGAGAUGAGUCUGAGUAAGAUGUUCGGUAACGGACGUGCGAAGAGCGGUAUCAUCGUUCUUCCUUGCGGUGCCGGCAAGACCCUGGUGGGAAUUACCGCGGCGGCUACCAUUAAGAAGGGUACGAUCGUCCUCUGCACCAGUUCCAUGUCCGUGGUCCAGUGGCGAAAUGAGUUCUUGCGCUGGACGACCAUCGACCCCGGGGACAUCGCCAUCUUCACCUCCGACCACAAGGAGAAAUUCAAGCGGUCGACGGGUAUCAUUGUGUCCACCUAUUCCAUGGUGUCGCAGACUCGAGCACGGUCUUAUGACGCCCAGAAGAUGAUGGACUGGCUUCAGAGCCGCGAAUGGGGUAUGAUGAUUCUUGACGAAGUGCACGUCGUGCCGGCCUCGAUGUUCCGAAAGGUCACAUCGGCUAUCGCUGCGCAGACCAAGCUUGGUCUCACGGCCACACUGCUGCGUGAAGACGAUAAGAUCAAGGAUCUGAACUUCCUGAUCGGGCCAAAACUGUACGAAGCCAACUGGAUGGAACUUGCGGCACAGGGCCACAUUGCCAAGGUCCAGUGUGCUGAGGUCUGGUGCCCCAUGACCACCGAGUUCUAUUCGGAGUAUCUGCGAGCAAGCUCGAGAAAGCAAGCUCUGCUCUACAUUAUGAACCCACGCAAGUUCCAGGCUUGCCAAUACCUCAUUGACUUCCACGAGAAGCGCGGCGACAAGAUUAUUGUGUUCUCCGACAACGUCUACGCCCUGGAGAAAUACGCACGCAAGUUGAACAAGGCCUUCAUUUACGGUGGCACUGGCCAGAAUGAACGCCUGCGUAUCUUGGAGAACUUCCAACACAAUGAGCAAGUCAACACCAUCUUCCUGUCCAAGAUUGGUGAUACCUCGCUUGAUCUGCCUGAGGCUACGUGCCUUAUCCAGAUCUCCUCUCACUACGGCUCUCGCCGUCAGGAAGCACAGCGUCUGGGACGAAUUCUCCGUGCCAAACGCCGUAAUGACGAAGGUUUCAAUGCCUUCUUCUACUCGUUGGUCUCCAAGGACACCAGUGAGAUGACCUACUCGUCCAAGCGACAGGCCUUCCUUGUCGAUCAGGGCUACGCAUUCAAGGUGAUCACCCACCUGGAAGGCAUCAACGAGUAUGAAGGACUUCAUUAUUCUACGCCAUCGGAACGCCGCGAGCUACUCACCGAGGUCAUGCUGCAGAACGAGUCCUCCGCAGACGUGGAGGAAGUGACCGACGACCUGUUCUCCAUGCGCAGUGGCGGGCGCAAUGCCGCUGCAAAGAGGGCCAAGGCGAAGCGCAGUGCUGCCACGCUCAGUGGCCUGGCGGGCGGUGAUGACAUGGCAUACAUUGAAUACAACAAGAGCCGGAACAAGCAGCUCAAGGACAAAGGGGCUCAGCACCCGCUGUUCAAGAAGAUGGAGCGAGACCGUCUGCGCCGGAAGAAGGAGCGCGAGACGGCCAAAAAUCAGUAG